UGGACAUUCACAGAAGAUGAACUUGCACCAGCUCAUCCCUCAACCGCAGAGAAAGGCUGCAGCACACGUGGAUCCGACUGGUUUGACGAGAUUAAGCAAAGAUGUGAAUCAUCUCGGUCCGAGCUACAAUACCACUGCCAAGCUCUCAUCGACCAACUGGACCUUCAACAAGACCCUCUCCAGCCUCAUCAGGAAGAAUAUUCUAAGAUUUCUUGAUCCGGAGAGAGACAUAUCUAUCCUGAAGGGCACACUGAAGCCAGGAGAUAUCAUCCACUAUGUGUUUGAUCGCCACAGCACCAUAAACAUCUCAGAAAAUCUCUACCGUCUUUUGCCAACCGUAUCGCCCAUGAAGAACCAACAUCACAGGCGCUGCGCCAUUGUGGGAAACUCCGGUAUCCUGCUGAACAGCAGCUGUGGACCCGACAUCGACUCUCAUGACUUUGUUAUCAGGUGUAACCUGGCACCAGUGGAGGAGUACUUUCAGGACGUUGGGUGGCGGACCAACUUGGUGACCAUGAAUCCUUCAGUGGUGCAGCGGGCCUUCCAGGACCUUGUCAGCGAAGAGUGGAGGGAUCGCUUCUUGCAGCGGCUUCAAAGCCUCAGCGGCAGUGUGCUGUGGAUCCCGGCCUUCAUGGCCAAGGGGGGAGAGGAGCGCGUGGAGUGGGCCCUUCGUCUCAUCCUGUUGCACACUGUGGACGUACGCACCGCCUUCCCCUCGCUGCGCCUCCUCCAUGCUGUCAGAGGGUACUGGUUAACCAACAAUGUCCACAUCAAGCGUCCGACCACUGGGCUCCUCAUGUACACGAUGGCAACUCGCUUCUGUGAAGAGAUCCAUCUGUACGGCUUCUGGCCCUUUUCACUCGACCCACAGGGCAGAUCGGUAAAAUACCACUACUACGACACUCUAAAGUACGAGUACACGUCUAGCUCCAGUCCUCACACCAUGCCUUUGGAGUUCAGGACCCUGAGCGCAUUGCACAGACAGGGGGCGCUCCGACUCCACACUGGGACCUGUGAUGCAGGGAGAACACAGAAGGAGCUCCAGAGAAAAUAAGCUUAAAGGAGGAUCUCAAUGGAAACUACUUUCUUCACUGAGCAGACUCCGUACAAAUAGUUUUCUUGUUUACACACUUUUAUGAAACUUGAAUUAACUUAUUUUCAGUAAUUGGAAUGAACUUUUUGUAUGUCAAGCUAUUUAAUGACUUGUUUCAUUGGUUAAUGAGAUUUCUAUGGCAACCUUUAAAAUAAUGAGACCCUUUUCUGCAGGUGUGACCAAGCUAUAAAUAGAGAUCCUGUCUUGUUCAUCUGUUGGCCCCUUCUUAUUUAUUUUAUACAGUUUCUAGUAUGGUUAUAAGUUUAAAAUUAAGGGUUAAGAACAUAUUUUUAAGUUUUGUGUUAAAAUUGGUCAUGAUAUGCCAUCAAUUAAUAUCUCCAGUUUAUGAAUCGACAGGGCUCCAUUUAAGGCUCUAUUGUAAUUUCAAGAGCUGUUGAAUUAAAGACUCUUGUUGUGAGUCACUUUUUGGGCCACAAGAUGGAAGCACUUAAAAGUCAGGGAGAAUGAUGAUACAAGAAGAAACGUUUCUAAUUUGAUGUUCAACUUCUGAUAACAAAUUAUCCUCAGAUAAUGAACUUUUUAAUGCUUUUGUAGCCUCUUAUAAAUACGUUAAGGGUGUUUACCAAAAGUCCAGUCAACCAGAGCUGCCACGUGAUAAGGUUAGGUUAACCAAAAGGAAAAAUGGAAGCAUGUUGAAUUGUAUUCAGUUUCUUUGAGGACAAAGAGGGAGUGUACCAGCUGUGCACAUAAGAAUGUUUACACAGACUUAGCCGGCUGUAAACUCACUUUAACUUUUCUCAAAGAACACCAGCCCUGUUUCCUCACUGGAAAUGUCAGAAGUGAGGGCAGACGGUAGUUGUGUUGUUGUAGUAAGAAAAGCUUAGCUUUCUUUACAUGAAUGUAAGGGCAGGAUGUAAGGACGGAUGCCCUUGUUGUGCUUUAAAUAAAUUACAGAAAUAAAUUACAGUUAGCAGCAGUGUCAGUGUAAUAACCCUGAGAGGAAGAUUAGCUCGUAACUUGUUUGCCUUGAUUCAUUUUAAAUGAUGUACGAAAUAUGCUUGUAUAGUGUGUUAGGGUUAGUAUUUUAACUAAUAGAGGUUGAUACAGAUAUGUAGGGAUUGAUACAUCUUCAUUGGAUUGGAGACUACUUUGUGCCUAUAAUCACUCAAAUCUACCCUUUAAAAUGUAACCAUUCACAUACCCAAUAAUAACUAAAUCAUUCUUGACGGGCUGGGAAAGAUGUCUCAAUAGUAUCACCAACUUCCAAAACACUUUAUGCAGGUAUGAAUACACACUGAAAUAACUUCACAUAGAUAGAUAUACUUUACUGGAUACUUGUUAAGUAAUUGUGGUUAGAAAAUAAUUCAGUUAUGUUUAUUUUUAGGCCAAUAGCUUUCAGGUUGGUCAAACCAAUACAUCAGUUUAAUGCCAGGUUGGAUUAUAUUGUUGAACUUUCAAACUUCACCUCAGUAAAAGUCUUAAAGUUUAGUUGAGUUUUUUAGGAUUUGUCUUUUAACAGGACUUUUUGCCGCUUUGGGUGUUUUCUGCAACAAAAUGCCUUCCAAGAGCUCUGCAGCUAAACAAGUCGCCUCUCAUGUGCUUCCAGCCAUGUGACAUGUGCAUAAUAGUGUUGUUUUUCCAAGAUGCGCCUGUUGACUCGCAUGUUGGCCCACAUUGCUACUUAAAUUCUGAAUAGAUACGAAAAAGUUGUACUAGAGAGCGAGCGGUCUGUUGCAAUGAAUGGUUUAUUUGUCUGAGCUCGGCAAAAAUAGAAACAUUCUUCAACCAACACAAUUAAGUUAAUUAACCUCAAAUUUGCCACCGUCGAAAAAAACUUCAUACUGGCGUGUAGUUUCUGCUGGAAUCGGAGGGGGUUGUGCUGUAUAGUUUUAUCUUACCUCUUUUCAUGUAUACCGUAUGUAAACAUCUGUUUAAUGUUGCAAUUUCAGAAAACAUGUUAGCUUUUGCAUGUUUGGUCUUGACUUGAUAUAUACAACUUUGGUAUUUUUAUUUUUGUUAAUAUUCAAUCUGACUCAAGGAUACUUAAAUUGGGCAGUUAUGACAAAGUGAAUGUACUUUUCUGUGGCAGAAAACAAUAUCAGAAUGGAAAAUAACAAGACUCCCUCUCGAAAACGACGUAACACUUCAAAGAAAGUGGUUUUAUUUCAGUACUGUUUCAAAUAAAUGGAAACCACUGUGGUUACACAAAACAUCUCUGUCAAAAACCAAACAGGGACUUGUUUUAUUAAUAAACUUCCAAAACAAA